UAGGAGUGUAAUGCCGCAUUAGUUGGGAAAAGCCCUAUCUAUAGUCUAUGCCUGUGUAUGUUGAAGAAUCAUACUUAGCAACCUUUCCUGAACAAUCAGGUUUCGUGCAAAAUUUGUGGCCCGGCUGAGAUAAACGACCUCCACGGCGGAAGAAAGACGCAGACAGCACAUUCGAACUCCUAACUGUCAAAUUUUAAACAUCCAAAUAACGUAGUAGAUACUAUUAUGUGCGGCUAGCCAUGACGUCCGAACAAACAUAUUUCAGGGUGGGCUUGGUUCAAAUGUACCCCAAGCCCCUCGACCCAGCAUAUAAUUUCAGCGUGGCAGUCGCUCAUAUCCAAGAUGCAGCAUCUCAAGGCGCCUCUCUUGUUGUCUUGCCAGAGUACCACCUAACCAGCUGGGUGCCCGAUGAUCCCAAGUUUGCCCCCCUUGCUUCAAAAGCGUGGGAUUACAUCCUUAAAUACCAGGUGGUUGCAAAAGAGUUGAGCAUCAACAUUGUCCCUGGAACAAUCGUCACGACAGACCCAAACUCAACCUCUCACCCAAAAGAGGCACAGGAAAUACCGAAACCUUAUGUAGAUGACUUCGCUGCCCCGGAAGGAGGGAGCGCGAGCGGCCCGUUACUAUUCAACGUUGCGCCUUUCAUAUCUCACACCGGCGAAUUGCUGGGGUUAUAUACGAAGACAAACCUAUGGCUGCCAGAGCGCGAAUAUCUGACCGCCCAUCCCCCCGUCUCCCCCCCUGCCGGACCUCACACUACAACUGGCACGAGGCCAGCAGCUCGUGAGCCGCACAACAGCAGCAGCAGCCGCCACAGUGUCAUCCAAACACCCUUGGGCCCAGUGGGGAUUUUGACAUGUUGGGAUCUAGCAUUCCCGGAAGCAUUCCGUGCUCUGAUCCGGCAGGGAGCACGGAUGAUCAUCAUUCCCAGCUUCUGGUUGAGCACGGACAUGCCCCUCGAAGCACGGAAAUAUAGCGAAGAUACUGAAUCUACGUUCCUCAAAGCAGCUUUAGUUUCGCGGGCGUUUGAAAAUACCUGCGCCAUCAUAUUUUGCAAUGCCGGGGGUCCGGCUGAAGAGGGCUAUAUAGGUUUGAGCCAAGUGGCGCUGCCAUUACUUGGUGUUGUUCCGGGUAGCUUUGCAGGUCCUGAGGCUGGGAUGCGGAUUGUGGAGGUUGAUAUGAAUGCUGUGGAAAUUGCUGAGAAGGCGUAUGGGGUGAGAGCAGAUCUUGCUAAUCCUGGCUGGCAUUAUGAGGAUAGGUAGAAGAUGGUUUUGAAUAAAUGAGCUAUCCCAUACAGCCUGUGCUUAUAAUAAGAUACGGCUGGAUUGAACAAUGUAUCCGAAGAAUGCACUCCUUUCCCUACUUGGCGUUGCAAUAUCUAUCAUACCUGUAUCAGAACAACAUUCGCGAAGCCUAUGCUGGAAAGCUAAGUCUGCCGAAAAGCUAUCUAUCUCAGAUUGUUAUCUAUCUGUUUUGAUGAAGCCAUGAGAUCUAAUAUGGUUGGUCGCGUUUGUGAUCGGCCCGACUAUGCAAGACCAUGACCCUGAGAGAUAUCUUUGUCAAGAAAAAUAGGAGUGGACCGUAGCUUAGCUAGAUCCGCCUACUUUUAGAUAUCAAAAUGCUGAAAAUGGAGCUCCCCGCUCUGUAUGUAUUAUAUACUGUAAGUUUCGUGUGCAGCUCACAAUGGCAAUAUUCCACGGCUGAGGGCGUCGGGUGUGAGGUGCAUGUCCACCCCAAAUCUAGGUUGAGUAGGCGACAUUUCCGUUGAAGCCCUGAGAGAGCAAAUAGCACGCUGUUUGGGUCUGGAGCUGCUAUUCUGCCGCAAACGCGGAGAUAAAGG